AUGUUAAAUAACAUUCAUUCAGAUACUUAUGGUACACGCCAAACAGUCCCGACCACCCACUUUCUUGGAAUUGAACAGACCGAGGCAGCCCUGCUAGCUUGGCUCCAGGCACAAGGCCGUGACACUCUUCCAGAAUCCCUUAUUAUAACGGCUUCUGUGGUGUUUGGACUAGUGGAUGCUCAUGAUCUCAUGACUUUGAUUGAUAUGUGCCUCAAAGAGGUCGCAAUGAACACACAGCUUCAGCAAGAAGAGGGGAGUUGCAUGGUAUUCCUCUCGCGAGAGGGGCGGUGUUUAAUGCAGGAUAGAAUGUACCGAGCUCAAACCAAAGUUUCAUUGUUCAGUAAUGCUAUCGCAAACUUGUGUGAAGAGCUGGAAAAUCGACACCAUCCCUUUGACCGACCGAAACCAGCUACAGUCGAUGUUGCUGCAUAUGCUGGAGCAUGCCCAGCGCGUAAUCUAGAAUAUGUUGAUUGCUUCCAACCUACACAAGCCACUCGAGACAAAUGCAAUGUGUUGCUUCUCACAUCAUUGCAUGUCCAAGGUGUUAUGCAGGUUGAUUCUGAUACCAUCUGUGUGCUCCUCAGUUCCCUGAAAACUGUGGAACUUCCUGAACUUCCUGAAUGUCUUUUAAGGCCCAAUGAUCUUCUUUCCCUACCUUAUCUAAAGAAGCAGCGCGCACAGGCCGAAGUGGACAUGUUUUCGGAAGCCAUGGAAGGCUUGUCUGAGUUCGAGGCCACAUCAGAUGAAGCUCUGAAAUUAUAA